GUUUAUACAUAAGUAAUAUAUAAAAUGCAUGCACUUGCGGCUGCACCCGUCGGUGCCCCGCCCUCGGCGACCACUCGUCCGAACACCAGCUCCGUGCGAGUGCCACUCCUCGCACACCGGUCGUCCCAAAUUACCUGCGCAUCGGCGCAGCCCAGCAUGAAUGCCGUGGGGCGCCGCGUGGCGCUGCUGGGCUCUGGACUGCUUGGUGCGAGCGCGAUGCAGCUGGCGGGGCGGAGGGGCACGGCUGCGUCGGCAGCCAGCGCCAAAACUGACAUUGAGAAGGUGCUGGAUGACCCGCGAUGGCCGGAACAGUUCCCUUUCCGCCCGGAGAACUUCGCGCGCUACGACGAGACGCCAGACACCUACUUCUACUCGCAGCCCCGCUUUGUGACCCACAUCGAUGAUGGCGCCAUCAAGGCGCUCACCAAGUUCUACGGGGAAGUGUUCCCACCCUCGGGGACCCAGACCGCUGCCGUCCUGGACAUCUGCAGCUCCUGGGUCAGCCACUACCCGGAGGGCUACAAGGCCGGCCGCGUGGCAGGUCUGGGCAUGAACGAGUCGGAGCUGGCCCGCAACGUGCAGCUGACGGAGUUCUCGGUGAAGGACCUAAACGUGGACCCGCGCCUGCCCUACGAGGACAACAGCUUCGAUGUGAUCACCAACUGCGUGUCAGUUGACUACCUGAACAAGCCGCUGGAGAUAUUCCGUGAGAUGCACCGCGUGCUCAAGCCCGGUGGUACCGCCUACAUGUCCUUCAGCAACCGCUGCUUCCCCACCAAGGCCAUCGCGCUGUGGACCGCCACCGGGGACGCCGACCACGUGUGGAUUGUGGGCUCCUACUUCCACUAUUCAGUGCCUGGCGGCUGGAGCGAGCCCAGCUGCAAGGACAUCACGCCAAAGGCGAUGUUCGGACGCACGGAUCCCAUGUACGUGGUGAUGGCUACCAAGAAGGCGUAAUCGGGGGAGGGGCUUUCGAGCGGAUAUGCCACGUGCGUGGCUGGCUCUGGGCCUGCGGCCGUGGCUUGCCAGGAACAGGAAGUGCUGGUCCCGCCAAAGGAUGACGGUUCGCUUGAAGACGUGCUAAUUGUACAGCUGAGUGUGCGCAAGCUCGGCGCGCUUCUGUUCUGUUCCUCUUGUGAAGUGCUGGGUUCCACACGACGGCGGUGUGCAAAGCCAACAUCGUCGACAGGGUGUGUUGAGCGUUGGGGCUAAGCGCCAACCUUGGAGACGAUCAGACGGUUUUUGGACUCGGGUAUUGUUGAGAGUAAGCAGGAGAGCAAGCAGGAGAGCACAGCGUCAGCUCGGCAACAGCAACGAUGUGACAGCUUCGGGAGCUAGAGGCGCCCAGGGCGCUUCACCAGUUUAUUGUGUUUGGAUGUGUGCUGUGACUGGCUGUGCUCGCUGCUGGCUGUACAAACGGACCCCGGCUAUAUGCGGGAGAUAAUGAAUCCAUUUGAACCGUCGGCCUUCGGCAAAUGUUGUGAUGUGGUGGUGCGCGUGGCCUAACCUGCCAGCUACCGUCGGUACAGUAACAGCGCGCGAACGACGCACCAAUGCCUUGUCCCUUCUUGCUACGCAUUUAUGUGGGCACGGGUGGGAGCCACACACAUCGGGGCUACGCUUUCCUGCCCCUUGCCAUGUUCCAUCACGAGCGCGCCUAACGAUGGAUGCAGCGAUGGAUGGGCUCAGACUGGGGGAUGUGGUAUGUGUGGGGCUUGGUUGUGGCUAUUCUGCAAUAAAUUUUUCAUGCACGUCGGGAGUUGGAAAGCCAUGCACAGCUGAAGCGAGGACCUGAUCACCGCAGCACGCGCAGCAGCGAUUGCGUGCAGGCACGCGAGCGCAAUGGAGUUCAGUGAUAGGAUUGCUAACUGGCCAUAUCCACU